AUGAGAGCUGGUCUAGCCGUGAUUCGUGUUGGAAAUCAAAUGGAAAUGGAACGUUAUGUGUAUGCCAAGCGGCAGCUGGCAUUCUCUCUUGGAAUCGAUUUCAAAGAAUACACUUUUUCCGAUUCUGCCACAACUGCAGAGAUCCAGCAGUGCAUCACCGACUUGAAUCAUUCCAAGGAGGUAAAUGGAAUAAUCGUUCAACUACCAUUGCCUAAGUCGGUGAACACGCAGUCCAUUUUGAAAACCAUUUCUCCAGAGAAGGAUGUAGAUGGUUGUCAUCCACUGACGCAGGGUCAACUACUUGCCUCCCACUAUGGCAAUGUGGAUAUUUUCUUCUUCUUCUUUGGUGAGGAAUAG